UUUCACAUACUACGUACGUGGAUCAGUUAAAUUUUUGACUCAUAGUCUCUUAUAUAUAUAAGUUCAAAUAACUCUUAACUUUUGAAUACUAAUAGACAGUAAGUGCAUAGUGUUAACUAUUUUUUUCAAAAGUAUAUAGAAAAAUAUUUUUUUUUUAAAGAAGAAUGAAUGUGAAGAGUAGGGUCGAGUCACUCACGGUGCAUGGUCACUCUCUUUGCACGUUCUCUAGCCCUAUUCUCUUCUCUCUCCCUUUCAUUAUCUCUCCCUAUUAAAGACUCUCACCAGUCACAGACUCUAGAGUAUGUGUGAGAGAGACAGAGUCGGAGUUUGCAAUAGAGAUCGCAUUCAUAACUAUCAAUGGACGUCUAUGGCUUAUCUUCACAAGACUUACUUAGAGUCGAUGACCUUCUUGACUUCUCCAACGAAGACAUCUUCUCCGCCUCUUCUUCCACUUCCACCGCGGCUCCGUCCUCCUCCUCUUUCCCUCCUCAGAACCCUAACUACCACCAUCAUCUCCCUUCCUCCGCCGAUCAUUCUUUCCUCCACGACAUCUGCGUUCCCAGUGAUGACGCAGCUCACCUGGAGUGGCUCUCACAAUUCGUGGACGACUCCUUUGCUGAUUUUCCGGCGAACCCACUAGGAGGAACUAUGACGUCCGUGAAAACUGAAACCUCGUUUACGGGGAAACCAACAAGCAAAAGAUCAAAACCUCCAGCUGCUUUGGUCGGAACAUGGGCACCGAUGUCGGAACCCGACCAGAAUAUUCAUGUCACCGGGAGGUCCAAGCCUAAGAAAGAACACUCCAACGGAGGAGGAAGACAUCAAUCUUCGUCAGCGGAGACCGCGGAAGGAGCAGGGUUGAGGAGAUGCACUCACUGUGCAUCGGAUAAGACGCCACAGUGGAGGACAGGACCACUCGGGCCUAAGACGCUGUGUAACGCAUGUGGAGUCCGGUUUAAAUCCGGUAGACUUGUACCGGAAUACAGACCGGCUUCGAGUCCGACUUUUGUUUUGACUGAGCAUUCAAACUCUCACCGGAAAGUGAUGGAGCUGAGAAGACAGAAGGAGGUUAUGAGACAACCACACCAAGUCCAACUUCACCACCACCACCACCAUCCGUCGUUUUAGUCAGACGUCACCUUUUUGUUUUUUUUGUUCUUCUUGGAGGGUUGGGUGGUCACGUGAUGUGUCGCGAGUCUACUGGUGUUGAUCACGUGACCGGCGACGAUGGGAGCCUAAAGUUAGUGUUAAACACGAACUCUGCUAAUAAAUUCAACCUUGUUAAUUGUUAUUAUUAAAAAUUAUAAACACUUUGGUUUGCCUUUU